AUGGUUCCCCGCUUUACUUCCGAGUUCAGGACCCUUAGUAUUCAUGUUGAGACUCACACUUCCCCUGUCGAUGGAGAUGCAGUACCGAUGCGCAAGAACGCUAUCAAAGAGCUCGUUGCGCUGGAUUGGCACAUCAUAAGUGUCGACGAGGCGCUUCAACGACUCAGUGUCUCUCCGCAAACCGGUCUUGACACUACCCAGGUCUCGCGUCGUCAACAACAAUACGGGAAGAAUGCUAUCUCUCCACCGAAGAGCAAUAUGCUACGCAAGGUCUUGGAAUGGGUCAUGGGCGGAUUUGGCAGUCUGCUUCUUGCUGCAAGCGUCGUCUGCUUUAUCGCGUGGAAACCGUUAGGAGAACCGAACCCUCAGGCGUCGAACUUAGCCUUGGCAGUUGUACUCCUUAUCGUCCUGUUUCUUCAAGCGGCGUUCAAUGCCUGGCAAGACUUCUCGACAUCGAAGGUUAUGUCGUCGAUCAAAGGAAUGCUUCCUUCGGACGUGCUUGUUCUAAGAGAUGGGAGUCGAGUCAAGCUAUCCGCUUCCGAACUUGUCAACGGCGAUCUCAUCUAUAUCGGCCUUGGCGAGAAAGUCCCGGCGGAUCUGAGGUUGAUUCAGGUCAGCGGGGACCUGAGGUUUGACCGUAGUAUCCUGACCGGAGAGAGCGAGCUAAUUGCAGGUCGCGUCGACAUGACGGACAAGAACCUUCUCGAGACCAAGAACAUCGCUUUGCAAGGCACGCACUGCGUUAGCGGAUCCGGCACGGGACUAGUUAUACAGACUGGAGAUAACACAGUCUUCGGGCGCAUCGCGAAGCUUUCAUCGACGGAGGCUUCGCGGAUGACAACGCUCCAGCGCGAGAUUCUUUACUUCGUUCUCGUCAUUGCUUCUCUCGUCACCGCUGUGGCUAUCUUGAUCGUCAUAUUAUGGGCAGCAUGGUUGCGAACCACUUUCCCGUCGUACAUCAACGUUUCAGGGUUGCUUAUUGAUGUUGUUUCGGUUAUGGUUGCAUUCAUCCCUGAAGGCUUGCCUAUCGCUGUCACCCUGUCACUCGCCAAGGUAGCGCAUACUCUCAGUAAGCACAAGGUCCUGUGCAAGUCGUUGUCAAUCGUGGAGACUUUGGGAUCGGUGAACUUGCUGUGUUCUGACAAGACUGGGACCCUGACGCAGAAUAAAAUGCGUGUCGUCAGCGUCGCGGUCGACGACCUCGUCUUCGACGCAUCAGCGUACGAAUCUGUCCUAGCAAAUGCUACUCCUGAGAUAGAGUCGAAUUUGUCUCAGACUGUUGCAGUCGGAGUGCUGUGCAAUGCUGCGACGUUUGGUGGGGAUAGGGGCGACGCUCUGGAGAGGGCCAUUGCUGGAGAUGCAACAGAUGCUGCUAUCCUGCGGUUCUCAGAUAGUGUCCUUGCGGCGGACCCCUUGCGCAGUCAAUGGCAGGAGAUCUUCAAGGUCAACUUCAACUCAAAAAACAAGUACAUGCUGAAGCUAUGCCAGUCUGCCCUCGAUAAGUCCCCGGCUCCGAUCGCCCCUUGGGACAACUUCGCAAGAUCGGAUUUCCUCCUGCUUGUCAAGGGCGCCCCUGAGGUCCUCUUUCCCCGCUGCAAGCUCGUGGUCAACCCCGCAGGUGGCUUUCCGAUACCCCUUUCAGCGCCCGUUAGCGAACGCAUCAAGCGAGUGCAAGAGCAGUGGGCUCGUGACGGCCAGCGUGUCUUGCUCCUCGCUCGCAGGGUAGUUCGAGAGGACGAGAUCCCCAAGGGCGCGGAUCCGCAAUCCGAGGAAUUUGCCGAGCUCGUCGAGUCUCUCCGCGACAACCUAAUCAUCGUCGGCCUUCUUGGGCUGAUAGACCCACUGAAGCCGAGCAUCCCGGACGUGGUCAAGACAUGUCGGAAGGCGGGUAUCCGGUUCUUUGUUGUCACAGGUGACCAUCCAACGACUUCGGUCGCAAUCGCUGCGCAGGCGGGCAUCAUUACGAACGUCGACCGUAUACACCACGUGGCCGAUCUACCCACAGGUUCGGACGAGGGCAUCUCCGCGAAGAACUCUGAAGGAAAGGAGGAAAAUCAUAUAAGCAAAAGCAUCGUCGUCACCGGGCCUGAGCUUGAGAUAUUGAACGCCGCGCAAGUUGAGCGUCUCUGCACAUACGAGGAAAUCGUCUUUGCGCGUACCACGCCCGAGCAGAAGCUCAGGAUCGUACACGAGUUCAAGCAGAGGAAGUGCGUUGUGGCCAUGACCGGCGAUGGCGUGAACGACGCGCCGUCGCUGAAGGCUGCUGAUUGCGGCAUUGCUAUGGGCGAGGGUUCGGAUGUCGCUCGCGAGGCUGCGGACAUGGUCCUCCUGGACGACUUCUCUGCUAUCAUCAUAGCGUUGGAAUACGGCCGUCUCGUCUUCGAUAAUCUCAAGAAAACCGUCCUCUAUCUGCUCCCUGCUGGAAGUUUCUCUGAGCUCAUGCCCAUUUUACUGAACAUCCUCAUCGGCGUCCCGCAAAUGCUGAGUAACAUUCAGAUGAUCCUGAUCUGCGUCGCCACGGACGUCCUUCCGGCUUUGAGUCUUUGUCUCGAGAAGCCUGAGUCGGGUCUCCUCGAGCGUCCCCCCCGGAAUGUCAAGACAGAGCGACUGGCCGACUGGAGGCUACUCUUCCAAGCUUAUGCCUUCCUCGGCAUCUUGGAAACCCUAUGCGCCAUGGCUAUGUCCUUCUGGUAUCUCCAGACCCACGGUGUCCCUUUCUCAAUCCUUACGCUCGGCUUCGGUAAUUGGCCCGAAUUGACGAAUGAGCUGCUGUUCAAGGCGCAGAGUGUGUACUUCUUCACACUGGUGCUGAUGCAAUGGGGAAACUUGUUCGCGACGCGCGGACGGAAGCUGAGCAUUGUCCAGCACACGCCGAUGUCUAACCCGUCGGUAUUUGCGGCUGCGGCUAUGGCUUUGUGUAUCGGUAUCUUCUUCCACUAUGUUCCUUGGUUCCAGAAGGUGUUCGACACUCGUCCGAUCCCAGUUGAGUUCUUCUUCAUCCCUGUGACCUUUGGCAUCGGUCUGCUCCUUUUGGACGAGAUACGCAAGGUGAUCGUGCGGCAGCGUCCCAGGAGCAUUGUGGCGAGGCUGGCGUGGUGA